AGAGAUACAGGUUCAUAUUCAACGAACCUGAGAUUGAAGAACUACAGGGUUAUUAUAAAGAAAAGUGUCACCCCAAGCUCUUGUUUAUGGUGAGUAGAUCAGUCAUUCAGUAGAAACAUAUUGAGUGGCUGAACUGGCCACUAACAUGACUCCCUCAAGUCCAUCGUUCUGAACCGCAGGCCCAAAGGAGAGCUCAUGGGAGUGGUUGGGUGCAGGGAUAGAUAGAUGAUAGAUAAAUAAACUUUAUUUGCAUUAGCCAACGGCCAUAGCAACAUAAAGCAUGCAAUAUAUACAAAUAAAAUAGACAACAAUGGGUGCAGGGUACCAAAGAAGGAUGUCAAAAACAUCAGAAUGGCCAUUUUGAGUGCUUUAAAAAAUUCAGGUGCAGACUUGCAGCAAAUCAGCCUCCCAGGUUUCCUGGCCUCUGAAGAUGCAGGGCACACACUGCAGCAAGGAGAUGACUUGUCCACGUCCAAGCAAAUGCUCAUACAUGCUUUAUAUGCAAAGCAGGAUGCGUCACUUUGGCCAGGACUUCCCAUUGCUUCACCUGACCAGAUGAGGGCAUAGGUGGCAAAUACCCAAAUCUUGCAGAUAGUUCCCCUUUCUGCGCUCGGAGCCCAGCCCCCAAGCCCCCAGAUACGGAUAACACCAAAGCAAGCCAAUUAGCCUAUAACAAACCAAGUGUAUGAGCCCAUUGCUACAACCGCCACCCAUUAAUUGAGGGGUUAUCUUGACUACCAAGAUGGUGUGUAGGGAGCUCCCAGAACAGUUCGCCCUUGGUUCAACACAUCCAUUGUAUAAAGGCUAUUACAGGCUUUUUGUGAUUGUCCGUGCAUCCCCUUAUCGCACCCGGAAGUGAAUUUGAAGUCACUAAAGACAUUACAUGAGUUCAUUAAACCCUUGUGUUAUAGUACAUUGACCCAUUGUUCCUGCCCCUUGCUAAUGUUUCUGAAUGACCCGCUGGACACAAUGGUUCCCCCCUCCCCUUCUUCAGAUAAUUGGUAGUAGAGGAAAUAGGUCUUCUUUGCUGCAUAUCCUCGUAAUUCAGCUGUGGGGAAGUGAGAGAAAAGAUGUUCCAUUCCACGAGAGUCAGAAUAUGACACGGGCACCCUAUGUCAUCCAAAAAUAUCUAUCCCUCCGCCUAAUCUAAUAAAGCACAGAAAAAUAGAUAAAUGCAAGAUAAGGCACCCCAGGGCAGUUUCUGGGAACGCAAUGGAACACAGGAAAGGAUGAGGCCUCCAGGAACUCUUGGGUUCCAGUCCAUUGGUUUAAACCCAACAUCUCUAAGGCUAAAUGAAGGCUGUGUACGCACCAUAUAAAGUUAAAGGGACCCCUGACCAUUAGGUCUAGUCGUGGCCGACUCUGGGGUUGCGGCACUCAUCUCGCUUUAUUGGCUGAGAUGGUCAUGUGGCCAGCAUGACUAAGCCGCUUCUGGCGAACCAGAGCAGCACACGGAAACGCCGUUUACCUUCCCGCCGGAGCGGUACCUAUUUAUCCACUUCAUUUUGACGUGCUUUCGAACUGCUAGGUUGGCAGGAGCAGGGACCGAGCAACAGGAGCUCACCCCAUUGCAGGGAUUCGAACCGUCGACCUUCUGAUUGGCAGGUCCUAGGCUCUGUGGUUUAACCCACAGCGCCACCCUCGUCCAUAUAUUUAAGGCCUAUUUCACCACCCUCCCGAAAGAAUCCUGGGAAAGGUGGCUUGUCCCUCACAGAGUUCAGAGGGUUGGAUUCAACUAACCCAUCCACUGCAACAUUCCUCAGAUGAUAAUAGGGUCGUUCUAUUCUACAUCAGUAUCACUGCUGCUGCCUUUUUGUCACAUUAAGAUUUUUUAUUAAAGUUUUUCAUGAUGCAGACAACCCCCCACUGAAGCCCAGCUAGCUCCAGUGCCCACCCUCAACCCCAUAAUGUCCUUGCCACCCCACAUCCCUCAAGCUCCAAAACCCAACAGGCUGACCUGCUCCUCACCAGCUACACCCUUCAGUUUCAGGGUCUCCUCCAGCCGCCAUCUUCUCUUCAGGCCUGACCUGGCUCAUUUUCUCCUCCAUGGCUGGCUGGCUGGGGUCAGAGAGUCUCCCAUUGUGAGGACAGUGGCGGUGGCAGACCCUUGCCUUGCUCUCCCUUUCUCCUCCACCUUUCCCCGCUACUACUGCUGCUACUACUCCACUGGCCCGUCGACCAGCCGGCCCGGCUCCCUCCCUCGAACCCAGCACAAGACCCUUUCCGCCCCCACCCCACCUUCUCCAGCUCCCAGGAGCAGCAGCAAAGGAGGCAGCAGUUGAUGAGGAAAAGGAGAAUAAGAGAGGUAGCCUCCACUGGCAACUGUCUCUUCCCCCAACGUGCAACCAUUUCUGGUUUUGUUGUUGUUUAGUCGUUUAGUCGUGUCCGACUCUUCGUGACCCCAUGGACCAGAGCACGCCAGGCACUCCUGUCUUCCACUGCCUCCUGCAGUUUGGUCAAACUCAUGCUGGUAGCUUCGAGAACACUGUCCAACCAUCUUGUCCUCUGUCGUUCCCUUCUCCUUGUGCCCUCCAUCUUUCCCAACAUCAGGGUCUUUUCCAGGGAGUCUUCUCUUCUCAUGAGGUGGCCAAAAUAUUCAGGAUCUGUCCUUCCAGUGAGCACUCAGGGCUGAUUUCCUUCAGAAUGGAUAGGUUUGAUCUUCUUGCAGUCCAUGGGACUCUCAAGAGUCUCCUCCAGCACCAUAAUUCAAAAGCAUCAAUUCUUUGGUGAUCAGCCUUCUUUAUGGUCCAGCUUUCACUUCCAUAUUUCAGGUUAGCGUGCCUCAACAAAGAUGGGAAUUUGGGACUCUGCAUGACAAAGUGAGAAGCUUUGGUGGUUUAAGGGUUUUCUGGCAGUCCUGCCACUUUCAGAGCAGAUGGAGUGCUGGCAGAAGCCAUCACAAGGGUUUGUUACUCACCUGGGGUGCUGGCAGGCUAGCGCAAUGGAUCUUUCUCCCUCUGCUCCCCCUGGGCACCCUCUGAACUCCUCCAAUUUCACUCUGGAGGGUCAUGAGGACCCCCAGAACAGGGGUGGGGGAAGAGGGGGAUAGUUCCCAGGGCCGUCUUUAGCAGAUGCAACACCGGGGUGCAAAUAUCCACCCAGUGCCCCCAAAUUACCAUGGAUAGUGUUGGGGGAGCUGUAGCUGUGCACUGCCAGCCAUCUGGGGGCACAACUCUCCCCUAUGCUGCUGUGGGAGAGCGAUCCCCACAGAGGCUUGGGAGUGAAGUUGUGCCCCUCCCAAGCCUCCACGGGAGGAGAGUGCAGCUUCCCUCCCAAGCCUCCUCAGGAGUAGAGCGAUCCCUGCAGAGGCUUGGGAGGCUUUAGAGGGAAGCUGCGCAUAUGGUUGGUGGUGUGCAGCUUCCUUCCUAAGCCUCUGCGGGGAUCGCUCUCCUCCCGAGGAGGCUUGGGAGGGAAGCUGCAUGCCCACCAGCCUUAUGGUUGACGGGGCGCAGCUGGUGGGCGUGCAGGGAAAGGGGAGGCCGCCGGCAAAGCUGCGCAGCUCCCCCACUUGCUGGGGCGCCCCUGAGAGGCCGGCGCCCUGGCGCAACACACCACUAAGCCCUAUGGAAAAGACGGCUCUGAUAGUUUCUUCUGGCAAGUGGAAAUACUUCCACUGGCAAGGUGUGAUGGCCUGGGAUUCAGACUCGGAGGCUGAACCUGAGGAAUCCCAGCCUGCACAGGAGUCCCUGCCUCCAGAACCAGCUGAGCUGGGGCUGGGGCUUGAGCCUGAAGGGUCCUCACCUGUGCUGGAUCCUCAGGUGCAGGCAUCAACUGAGUCUGCUCUGGCUCCUGAGGUGAUGGAGGACCCAUUGCCUGCAGGUGCUCCACUCUUAGCCCCAUCAGAGGAGGAUGAGGUUGCCUCUGGGUCCAGUAACCCUCCAGCCUCUCCUGAGCUGCAGAGGCUCAGGGCAGAGAGGCGGAGGGAACUAAGUUCCCGCAGGAGGAGUGCUCGCCUCCAGGCCAGGAGAGGCAAGUCACCUGUGGAUCGGGGCCACCCUAUGCCUCGGGGCAGAUAAAAGCCAGCCAGUCCCAUUCCCAGGUUACGGGAGCAACAUUGUUGGUAGCCUGUUCCUGCCUGCACCUUGUCCUGCUCUUCUGCCAGAGUUCCUGACCUCACCCGACUCCCUACCUUGGACCCAGCUUCAGCUUUGCCGGACAGCCUCCAUACCGCACCCUUGACCUCGGACUGGACUCGGACCUCACCGCACGGUUAACCCUCAGGACCAGCACACAAAGUGAUCAGAAGUGUGUGGUGCUGAAUUCCAUCCACAGCUCCCAGGAUUCUUGGCGGUGGGGAUGGAGGGGAAUGAACUAUAAAUGUGCUUUAAAUGUAUGUUUCACACACAGCCAAAGUCAGUGCAGGUCCAAGUAGCCAGUCAUAGCACAUGUGAGGUCCCCUGAUAGCACAAUUCCAUUCAACUGUGGACUGGCCUAUUCUGGACAAGAUGUGACCUUGCAGGAGACUUUUGGAGCACAGCCCAAGGUAGAGUUCAUUAAUGUAACGAGGCCUCCAAUUUGCAACGUUAAUGCAUGAUGGCUGCUCCGGUCAAAUCAGGAAGAAACCACUGAAAACUGGGGGAUAUUAUUACUUCUAGCCACAACCAAACAUUUCGAGCGUGACAAUGGGCGCAUUUCAGGUUGUGUACGCAGUUAUAUAUAUAUUAUUAGUGCAUUUGUUUAGGGCUGAGGCGGAAACACUUCUCCAAAGAAUAUAUGUGAUUUUGGCAAGCAGAUCGGAAUAACAGCUGCAUGUUGCAUGCAUGCAUACUAAUACCCCACAGUAAUAUAUUCCUCAUUAAAAAACCCCACCAGCACUAGAACUCUGAAUUGCACUUGAGUUAUUGUAUCUCCCUAGGGAGGUUCGCCUGGUGUCUUCGUUACAUAUCUUGAAGUGCCAGCGAAAACAUUCCUGUUCAUCCAGGCUGAUGGUGAACUAAACAAUCUGUGGCUCGUAAAACUGUGUCUGGGUGUGUGUGUAUUGUAUUGUUUGUUAUGCUAUUUAUGUUAUGUGUUCUCAUUUUGUAUGUUGUGAACUGCCCUGUCAUCCUUGAAUGAAAGGCAGUAUAUAAAUUUAAUAAUAAUAAUAAUAAUAAUAAUAAUACAGUGGUACCUCUGGUUAUGAACUUAAUCCGUGUCAGAGGUCCGUUCUUAACCUGAAACCAUUCUUAACCUGAGGUACCACUUUAGCUAAUGGGGCCUUCUGCUGCCGCCACACGAUUUCUGUUCUCAUCCUGAGGUAAAGUUCUUAACCCGAGGUACUACUUCCGGGUUAGUGGAGUCUGUAACCCGAAGUGUUUGUAACCCGAGGUGUUUGUAACUCGAGGUACCACUGUAAUAGCAGCGGUUGGUUUAGUUUCAUGGCUCAGGAUAGCUCAAUCAAUAGAGCAUGAGAGUCUUAAUUUAAGGGUCAUGGGUUCGAGUCUCACACUGGGAAAAAGAUUAUUGCAUCACAGGGGGUUGGACUUGAUGACCCUCAUGGCUUCCUUCCAAUGCUACCAUACCCUCCAACAUUUCUCCGGUGAAGAUAGGGAUGUUGUAAGGAAAAGUGGGAAAUUCCAGGCUCAAAUCAGAAACUGGGACGGCUUCUGUAAAUCCGGGAAUGUCCCUGGAAAAUAGUGACACUUUGAGGGCCUGUGCUACAAUUCUAUGAUUCUAUUUUUGUUGUUGUUGUUUAGUCAUUUAGUCAUGUCCAACUCUUCGUGAUCCCAUGGACCAGAGCACGCCAGGCACUCCUGUCUUCCACUGCCUCCCACAGUUUGGUCAGACUCAUGCUGGUAGCUUCGAGAACACUGUCCAACCAUCUCGUCCUCUGUCGUCCCCUUCUCCUUGUGCCCUCAAUCUUUCCCAACAUCAGGGUCUUUUCCAGGGAGUCUUCUCUUCUCAUGAGGUGGCCAAAGUAUUGGAGUCUCAGCUUCAAGAUCUGUCCUUCCAGUGAGCACUCAGGGCUGAUUUCCUUAAGAAUGGACAGGUUUGAUCUUCUUGCAGUCCAUGGGACUUUCACAAUUAAGUCAAUGGUUGGGUGUUCUUUCUUGUUUUUUGGUUCUGACAGUAACAGCCACAAACUUGCUUCCUGUUCAGGACACUUAAAGGUAAAGGUAAAGGGACCCCUGACCAUUAGGUCCAGUCGUGACCGACUCUGGGGUUGCGGCGCUCAUCUCGCUUUAUUGGCCGAGGGAGCCGGCGUUUUUCCGCAGACAGCUUCCAGGUCAUGUGGCCAGCAUGACUAAGCCACUUCUGGUGAACCAGAGCAGCACACGGAAACGCCGUUUACCUUCCCGCCGGAGCGGUACCUAUUUAUCUACUUGCACUUUGACGUGAUUUCGAACUGCUAGGUUGGCAGAAGCUGGGACCGAACAAGGGGAGCUCACCCCAUCGCGGGGAUUCGAACCGCCAACCUUCUGAUCAGCAAGUCCUAGGCUCUGUGGUUUAACCCACAGCGCCACCCAUGGUUCGGGACACUUACCCAUAUACAAAGUUUCUGCCUGGGGAGUGGAAAAUCACAAGCAUCUCUCUCUGGCAACCCUCAUUCCUGACUAGAUCCCUAGGCAGAUAGUUCAGCCUUCCAUAAAAACUUUCUCCUUCUUUUUCCUGCCUUCCCACAUACUCCGAGAUCCUGAUUAAGAAUGCUUUGGAUGGGGGUUUUGAUUUACAGAGCCUUUUCGGGAGGUAGGCAUCAAUGUAUUGUAGGUUGUGCAAUCAAAUUAAUAAAUGCCAGAUAUUUUGAUUUCCCUCUAGAAACCAAGAAAGAAAACUGCCAACUUUAAAAAUGGCCAUGAGAGAAAUAUAAUCUUCUAACUAUAGGUCUGUCAGACGUGGUGCUCAUGUUUUGCACUAACGAGGGAUACAUGAAUCAGUUUAACACCAAUAGAAUAUAUUUAUUUUGAGUUUGCCAAAAGGCUGGUUUAUCUGGAAGCACCUCAAUAUUCCUUCACCAGGCCUAUUGGCAACAUGUAACAAUCUGCUUUAUUUUUGGAAUGGACAGGAAUCGAACACACUGGAAUGUGAUGCAAUAACAAAAGAAGUUCGUGGUGAAGGUUUAGCUCCUUUCCACUCAGGCUAUUGAGCUAUGUGCGCUUUCAGACCCGAAAUAUUCUGCCUCCGCUUUGCUAGUGGAACAACUGCUACAUUUAAUGCAUGCUCAUCAACAACCUCAGAUAUGCAGAUGACACAACCUUGAUGGCAGAAGGUGAGGAGGAAUUAAAGAACCUUUUAAUGAGGGUGAAAGAGGAGAGCGCAAAAUAUGGUCUGAAGCUCAACAUCAAAAAAACGAAGAUCCUGGCAAAUAGAAGGGGAAGAAAUGGAGGCAGUGAGAGAUUUCAUUUUCUUGGGCUCCAUGAUCACUGCAGAUGGUGACAGCCGCCAUGAAAUUAAAAGACGCCUGCUUCUUGGGAGAAAAGCAAUGACAUACCUAGACAGCAUCUUAAAAAGCAGAGACAUCACCUUGCCAACAAAGGUCUGUAUAGUUAAAGCUAUGGUUUUCCCAGUAGUGAUGUAUGGCAGUGAGAGUUGGACCAUAAAGAAGGCUGAUCGCCAAAGAAUUGAUGCUUUUGAAUUAUGGUGCUGGAGGAGACUCUUGAGAGUCCCAUGGACUGCAAGAAGAUCAAACCUCUCCAUUCUUAAGGAAAUCAGCUCUGAGUGCUCACUGGAAGGACAGAUCCUGAAGCUGAGACUCCAGUACUUUGGCCACCUCAUGAGAAGAGAAGACUCCCUGGAAAAGACCCUGAUGUUGGGAAAGAUGGAGGGCACAAGGAGAAGGGGACGACAGAGGACGAGAUGGUUUGAUAGUGUUCUCGAAGCUACCAGCAUGAGUUUGACUAAACUGCGGGAGGCAGUGGAAGACAGAAGUGCCUGGCGUGCUCUGGUCCAGGGGGUCAUGAAGAGUCGGACAUGACUAAACGACUAAACAACAACAACAGCAUGGGAGGGGUGGGGGGUAAGGUAAAUUUUACAGCUGGGAAAUAUAAAGGUGGCAGGAAAAUGAGAAGUCCAUGGAAACAGCUCUCCCUAGACUGCGCCAGCAAUGACAUUCUUAGUGGAUAGGUAGAUCUUUGGGUAGGUUUUUACAUCGCAGAGAACCUAUACUCAGAGAUCUGGAGGCUGCGCAGUUUCACUUUCCAGCCACUCUGAGAGGGAGAAGACAAUGGGAAAUGAUUUAUAAUGAAUUGAAAAAAAUAUUUACAAUUACUUUCCUGAAAAAACUCCAGGGUCCUUUUUGUUGGAGGAUAACCCAGACUGGGGAAGUGGGUGACACUGUGGGUUAAACCACAGAGCCUAGGACUUGCCGAUCAGAAGGUUGGCGGUUCGAAUCCCGCGACAGGGUGAGCUCCUGUUGCUCGGUCCCUGCUCCUGCCAACCAAGCAGUUCGAAAGCAUGUCAAAGUGCAAGUAGAUAAUUAUGUACUGCUCCAGCGGGAAGGUAAACGGUGUUUCUGUGCACUGCUCUGGUUCGCCAGAAGCGGCUUAGUCAUGCUGGCCACAUGACCUGGAAGCUCUCUCGGCCAGUAAAGCGAGAUGAGCACCGCAACCCCAGUGUCAGUCACAACUGGACCUAAUGGUCAGGGGUCCCUUUACCUUUUAACCCAGACUGAAAUUCCCAGGUGUCAGAAAAGGUUGUUUAUGUAUGCAACAGCUGCGGCCCGUGUUUUGUUCGCCCCCAAUUGGAAAGUGAGCGAGGUCCCAACCAAAGAGGAUUGGCAACUUAAGUUGACAGAAUAUGCACAAUUUGCAGAUUUAACAUCUAGAAUAUAUGUUUAAAGAAGACUGGAAAACAUUUGUUGGAUAUAUGGAAAAUAACUGUAUACAGCUGAAAACGCUGGCAGCAUUGAGAUAAAUUCAACAUAGUAAAUGAUUUCCAUCGAGCUUUGUAGUAAAUAAUAUACAAGAGAAGACAGUAUGUAGACAACUUAAAGCAGGGACAUUUCUGCUCCCAACAUACUUCCUUCUCUUGUGGAUUAUUUACUACAAAGCUCGAUGACUAAGCUCUUUAGCAAUGAAACAUCGGAUUACCGAAACGAUGUCCAAGCACUGAACCACCGGUAUAUCACAAGUGGACUAUUUAUUACUGCCUUUGAAAUUGUUCAAGAUAAAACCUAUUUUGGAAAGAGAAGAAAUGAGCACUGAACCACUGAUAUAUUACAAAGAUUAUGGGAUAAUGCACACAGUGACUUGCGAUCUCGAUCACACGCAGUCUGUAGUCCGCUGGCAGUAGGAGUACAAUAUGGGCAUGUCUUUAAGUUAACAUCUUACAUUAAAAACCUGACAGUACCAAAUUAUUGAAGGCUUUUCACCAAAGCCAGACUAAACAUCUUUCCUUCUGCAGUGUUGGAUGGCAGGUUGAGAGGAGUUCCCUACCAGGACAGACUUUGCUCAUGUGCUCAAUACAUCAAUUCCAUAAAACAUAUUUUGUUGCACUGUGCAAAAUACGAGCAAGCCAGGGCUGAAAUGAUACUACCCUUGCUGGUACCUUUCCCUGGAAAAUCAGAGGCUCACUAUGUCAGGUUCCUAUUGGAAGACCGGACAAAUGCUAGAACACUAGCAGUGGCAAAGUUUUUAUCGGUGGUUGCAAGAACCAAUGAUCCCUAUAUUCUGAACAAAAUGCUUGUUUAACCUGGAGGUAGGCUGUAUGAAUUGUGUAUUGCUUUGUAACGAUUUGUUGGGUCUCUGGACCGUAAUAAAGAUUGUUGUUGUUGUUGAUAUAUUACAAGCAAACACUUCAUUUACUGUGUUUGCAAUUGUUUAAGAUAAAACCUAUUUGGGAAAGAAGCUACUUUUGCCAUUUUAUGGAUGUUUAUUGUUUGCUUAUUUACCUUGGUGAUAUUAUCUAGCGUAUCUGUCUUGGCAGCAGUGUGCCUGGAGCUCUGCCAAGUCCUGUCGCCUCUCAGCCAUUGGCUCUUCUUUGGUAUAGGACCGGCCCCUAAACAUGGCUUCCAAGUGGCUUUAAAGCCCUAUUGCUUUAAAUCAUUUCUUCUCACUGAGUCUGGGUUGAAGGAAAAGACACCCACACACUUAAGAGUUCCACAGAAGACUGUUUGCUCUGGCUUGCGGUUACAGUGAAUAAUAUAAUCACACCUCAAUCUACUGAAUCAUCUCCAACACAUUUUUUCCAGUCGUAAACACACUGCAGAAGUGGAAAUAUUUGAUCUUUUUAUAGCAGGCUAGGGUUUGUUGUUUUUCGUCUUGUGUGCAUUUCCUAAUACUUGGGUAUGUGUGGCCUGUAAUCCAAUUCUCCUCAGAAUUAACAUGGUGCCCAAGAGCUAGGAGUCUUAAAUCUACCUAAAGAUGUGACCGAGGUGGCAAUUUUGGCAAGCUCACAAUACCUCCGGAAUCUGGAUUUAAAUACACAUGAAUAAUGCAUUUUCCAAUGCUGCGCUGGCACAGCUUUUCUAGUGGACAAUAUGGGAUGUGGCACAAGAAGUUGCAUCACUGGAAUGUGUUGAGCAUCUGAUAUUUGUUCCCUCUCCUCCUCCUCCUGCUGUCAUCGGGAUAAAUCCAGAGGUGUCGUGCCAUGUUUGCCCCAAAGUUGCCUAGCAACUGAAACAUGCCUGCCCUUUCUUUGCUUUGGCACAGCAAAAUCGGAGGCUAGUUUUGGACUAGGCACAGAGGAAGACUGCAAGGGGUGGGAAGGAAAUAAAAGGAUGCUGUUUUGUUGGGUAAGGUGAGCAGAGCAGCGAGAGGGAGGGAAGAUCUCACAGGCAAUGUGUGCCUGCGCUAGGAAGGUUCACCACCUAGAGGCACAGGGGUCCAGUUUAAGCCCCCGGGGGGGAAAAAAACUGGCAAUCCAGCUGCCAAUCAGGAGCCAAGGGCUGCCUUUUGCAGAAAUGCAACAUUGCAUACACAUAGUAGGAGAAUUUAGGCGGAAUUAGCACCAAAAGCAGGCAAAUUUCCAUGAGGGCUUUGAAAAAACCUGAAAACUGUUACGACAAUUAGGUUUGGAAAAAUGUGCCCAUCCCUAGGCUCUGUUCAGCACAUUUGAGCACAGAGUUGUCCCCAACAGACUGUCCUGAAUUAAGCCAUGUCUCGCUGUGGGUUAAACCACAGAGCCUAGGACUUGCCUAUCAGAGGGUCGGCGGUUCGAAUCCCCGCAAUGGGGUGAGCGCCCGUUGCUCGGUCCCUGCUCCUGCCAACCUAGCAGUUCAAAAGCACAUCAAAGUGCAAGUAGAUAAAUAGGUACCGCUCUGGCGGGAAGGUAAACGGCGUUUCCGUGCGCUGCUCUGGUUUGCCAGAAGUGGCUUAGUCAUGCUGGCCACAUGACCCGGAAGCUGUACGCCGGCUCCCUCGGCCAAUAAAGCGAGAUGAGCGCCGCAACCCCAGAGUCGGUCACGACUGGACCUAAUGGUCAGCAGUCCCUUUACCUUACAUAUUCAGAAAAGGCCUCUCCAUAGAUGCACCAUGCAUUACAUGGCAACAAAUGCAGAAUUUAGUGCUGGGGCAGUAAACCACAAGCCCGAGGCCAGCUAUGGGGCAGCCAUGUCCACUUUGGGGUCACGCCCAACAUUGACCAGUGGCCCCUCAGGGCCUGGAAGGUGCCACUUAAGCCCCCAGGACCAGAAAACAUUACCCACCCCUGCUAUAGGAUAAAAAGGGAGUACCUGUCCUUUUCAGGCAAAGACUGAAUAACGAUAGCUCAGCAACACUUCAAGCAAUGUAGGGAUGCUUUCUGGAUGAGGGUAUUUUGCUAUAAUGGUACUUCACAGAUGUAAGAGAAACAGCACUGAACUGCUUGAGUUUCAUCUCCCAGAUCCUGAAACUACCCUAUAAGCAACAGGAAUACAAAGAAAACAAACACUUGUUUCAAUCCUAGGUGUGUGGGUUUGCGUGUUGCAGCCUUGUAAUCAAAUCUUCCCAUCUCAAUAGCCAUAGCUGUCAAGCGUCCCUUAUUUGGUGGGACAGUCCCUUAUCCCAGCGCCAUGUCCCGCUGCUGUCCCUUAUUGAUGAUGUCCCUAAAAUAAGCUACUGAAGGUAAUGGGGCCCUUUCUAUGUCCAGUUGUCCUUUGUCAAUAACAAAUUGUUGCUGUUUUUUUGUGUUGAAUAUGUGCUAUAUGGUAAUUUAUGGACCUAAUAGGUAUCUAAAGCCAUUUGCACGCAACAAAAUAUGUGUUUUAUCAAAGUAAUUGUUGAUCCCUUAUUUUGGCUGCUGAUCCCUUAUUUUCGAGGCUGCUGGUCCCUUAUUUUCAAAUCUGUAAGUUGACAGCUAUGUCAAUAGCUGAGAUUUACCAUGAAUUAUUGUUAUCUCAUUCAUUCCCACAUCCUUUGUGUCCAUAAUAUAAUUUCUCACAUAAGCAGACUGAGGAUAUCGAAGUCAUAGCAUAAGACAAUUUAAUAAUUGGGGGGAGGGGGAAUUGCAGUUGAAACAAAAGAAAAAUUGUACUAGUAUGAGUAACCUUCCACAAGGAAAAUGAAAUAUAGUUUUGCAAUAGGUCCCACUAGUCCACUAUUUUAGAAUAGAGAUCCCAGCUGUCUUGUAACCAUAGCAGCACAUCUGCUCUGUUAAAAUAUACUGUGUCUAUUUAUUCACAAUGCCGCUCUAAACUCUAACAGACAGACAGCGCUGUGAGCUCUUAAACACUGAAUCUGAACCACUGAAUAAUCUAAAUGCAUCCAAUAAUUAAACCAAGAAGCUGGAUUAUUUCUCAGUGGCUGCUCCUUGAUCACCUGAAACAACCAUCCUAAGCAUACCAUUGUUAAAAGCGUAUCUCUCCCUUCUGCUUAAAUCCUUUGACAGCCCCUCGAGUCAAAGGAAAUGUGUGGAUCUAAAAACCCACUUGAGAUUCUGACACAUCUCAUAGAAGAUCAGGAAAAAAACCCAUUCCUUCCUGGAGCUUCUCUCAGCAACACCCUCAACCCUUUAUCGCCACUAGCUGAUGCCACAGGACCCAAUCUGAAGUGAAUGAGCUCUCGCUGUGCCCCCAGGAAGGAAUAUGUUAGUUGUGGGUGAACAUAUCAGACGACACAGCGAUUCUUCAAACAGCUCUUGUUUAUUCACAGGCCAGAACAGAACUGAACUGAAGGGUUCAUUUAGCCUGCUUAUAUAGAGCUGCAGUACAGUGUAACUGUAACAAUUUUCUAAAACUAUCCAAUCACUGAACGUCAUUUUCGAUCCCUUAUUUGCAUAACUAUCAUAGCUGUCAAGUGUCCCUUAUUUGAAGGGACAGUCCCUUAUGCCAGCGCCAUGUCCCGCUGCUGUCCCUUAUUGAUGGAUGUCCCUUAAAUGUCCCUUAAAUGAUGUCCCUUAAAUUUCAAAGGAAGCAGCUUCUAUCCCUCCCUCCCUGCCAAGGAGGAGGGAGGCUCCAACUGUGUUGCUUGGCUGUGUUGCUCACCCAAUAUGAAGUCUAAGAACGACUGGGGGGUGGAGCUUGCAUGCCUUGUGUGUGGCUAGUUAAUGCAAGCUGAGGGGUUUUUUGAAUGCUGGACGCCAUUUUGUUGCACGUGCUGCUGCAAACUUUGCAGUGCAAAGCCAAGCUGGGGAGCCAUCUUAAGCUGAGGCUGCACAGGCCUUGUGGUGCAUGUGAUUCAGAUUCUAUUCAGUUGAACCUCUGGUUACAAAGUUGGUUGGACAGUGUUCUCGAAGCUACCAGCAUGAGUUUGACCAGACUGCAGAAGGACAGGAAGACUGGAGUGCCUGGAACAGGUGAGGCUGCAGGUCCCUUAUUUCGGCUGCAGGUCCCUUAUUUUCAAGGCUGCUGGUCCCUUAUUUUCAAAUCUGUAAGUUGACAGCUAUGAUAACUAUCUACAGUAUCCCCCUGCUGGCCCAGGGUGAGAAUUUCAGUACAUAACAGAAUACAUCCCUCUGUCCUGAAUAUUCUGACAUUCAGCAAGGAGUUGGAGCCUGUGGCUGCUGUUGCGUCUCCUAACGUCCUUUUUCUGACUUCUGGGGUUGGUUUCAAUCCCUUUUUUACUGGUUUACUUCCAGUCCACCCAAGUUGGAAACCGGAGUGCUUCCUGGCUUUUAUUCCCUCCAUCCCCAGAAAGAAAGAAACGGAUCUCUACAUUUACACAUCCAAGGCAGCAUAAACAUAAUAUAAAGUGACUAAUUUAAUACUGCUUGUAACGAAAUCCAAUUAAAAGAAUAAUAUACUUGGGGCGGGGGGGGGGGGAGAAAACGACUCGGUUACAACACUUCCCUAAUGGCCUUCUGGAGAGUUCUCUUCCUCUUCAGGAUGAAACCAGACCUGUCAUUAUUUUAAAUUACUUGCUGCAUUCUCCAGUACCCAGAAUCCUCGUCUGCUCCAAUAAUUGCAAGUCACUGUGCGCACAGUACGAAUCAAAAUGACUGGGAGAUUUUUCUCUGAUUUCCCAAUUUUGGAAGGCAUAUUUCCCUUCAUUGUGUUCUGCAGCCGACAGACGAAAUUACCUCGAUUAGCAUGGGCAUUAAAAUACUGAGGAGCGGAGACAUUAUAAAUGAUAGAUUUGGGCAUAUGUUUGAAGUGGUAGCAGCUCCUCCUGAAACGUGCUACUACCUGGGGCUGGUGGAAAUUGUUUUCAAAAAACAAUUGGACUGCAGGGCUGGAGUAGCACAAGUCAGCAACGCUAAUGCUGUCACUAGCUUGUCACUACUGAAACAAGGUUGUAAGAAAAAACUGCUCCUUUUCCCUUAUGGGGUAUCCAAGAGCCCGUAUAGAGUCCUUAAGUGAGUUCCCUAUUGGGAGGAGAAAAUAAGAGAGGCCAACCAGAGAAUAUUGAGAAGCAAAGCAGCUAGUAAGCCUGUUCUUUAUUAAACUGUUGCAACAGGGUGCCCGCCCCACGCAGAGGAGGAACCCAGAACAAUGGUGUGUAUAAUGGUAUGGGGUUGCUCGUGCGUAAGUUGCCGCCUCUCCUGGCUAUGUUGCCUUGUUAAACCUUUCUGUCUGGACAGCCCUUCAAUUCGUGGCUGCCUCAGUCACUAGCAGAAUCCGUCAGUGGGCGUUUCUUAAACCCUUUCCAACAUAAAAGUUGUUUGACACCCAGUCUUCUCCUACUUUCUCUGGGCGGAAGUCUUCUGCGCAGGGAGGGUGUGGGUAGCGGAGGACCAGUGCUCUCCCCGCUGGUGUCCGGUGAAGAGUCCUGGAGCCCUCUCGCCGAUUCCCCCAUCUGCCCCUCCUUAUUCCUGGUGUUGCACUGAAUUGCUUCCCCAUCUGCUGAGCUGCCUCUCUCCCUGCUGGGCCCUUCUCCAGCAUCAUUAGAGAGCCUUCCCUCCACCUCUAGCUCCGAUGUCAGUUCCCUGACAGUGUGCAAGCCCUUAUAUAGACUUUUGAAAUUGCCACCCUGUCGCUCAAGACAACCCCCCCCCAAUACAUCAUACAUACAUCACAGAAGGGGCCGUCUACAGCAGAAUCCUGUCCUGCAGGAAACCUGUUACAGUGGUACCUCGGGUUACAUACGCUUCAGGUUACAUACGCUUCAGGAUACAUACACUUCAGGUUGCAGACUCCGCUAACCCAGAAAUAGUGCUUCAGGUUAAGAACUUUGCUUCAGGAUGAGAACAGAAAUCGUGCUCUGGCGGCGUAGCAGCAGCAGGAGGCCAAAGUUCAGUCCAAGUGCAGCUAAAUACUGCCAGGCACAAUCGUUUCAAAUUCCUCUAAGAUUUGUUGGCGAAAAUUCCCUCAAAAUUCCUGCUGGCUAUAUCGGGGGUCCAAGUUCUAAAACACUCAAGUGCAACAGUUCCCAUUAAUGAAUUAUUGCUAUAGUUUCCCCUCUUGAGAGCUCCAAAUAACAUGGUCUGUACGAUGCCAAGUCUUUAUUGCUAUAAUAUUCCGAAGUUGAUGAGCACAUUUAUUGUAUGGCCUGUGUACUCCAUCUGUUGGUGACAGAUGUGCACUGCAUUCUAAACAAUUCUUGUUGCUAAAUUGGGUCUAUUAAGGCAGGAAUCGUACAAGCAGUACAUUGUUUUCUUGGUAUUCACACUCUCUUAGACUUCCUUUGCAAGGAACUCUUAAAGCAAGAGUCUGCUUCUGUUCUGGAUUUAUUUGGGCUUGUUCUGAAUGUUGUUGCCUACAGUGAUGAUCAUACGCAUAGCUGUCAACUGUCCCUUAUUUGGUGGGAAACUCCCUUAUCCCAGCAACAUGUCCCGCUGCUGUCCCUUAUUGAUGAUGUCCCUUAAAUUUCCUGGGUUUCAAAGGAAGCAGCUCCUCUCCCUCCCUCCCUGCCGGCCAGGGAGGAGGGAGGCUCCAACUGUGUUGCUUGGCUGCUUUGCUCACCCAAUAAGGAGUCUAAGAACGAAUGGGGGGUGGAGCUUGCAUGCCUUGUGCCGAUCAAAUCGGCCGCGUUGCCUGGGGACUCGCCUUUGCUCAGCGCUUCCCAGCGGAGAGGUGACGGUGGUUUUCCUUGCUGCAUCCCCUUUGCUGGGUUGCUGCACUGUGGGAACCACUGCUUGAGGCUUCGUUUGGCUGCUGGCUGGGCUUUCUGCCUUUGGCUUGGAGGGGCUCAGAAGUUGAACAUACCUGUGCAGGGAAAAUCCUUUAUUUUGGCUGCUGAUCCCUUAUCUUCGAGGCUGCUGGUCCCUUAUUUUCAAAUCUGUAAGUUGACAGCUAUGAUCAUAUGUUUCAACUAAUUACCCAAAUACUCUUUUGCAUGGAGCACUGUGCAGUAACUUCUUUUAUAAACACAGUUUAAAAUGCCCUUGAGACUGCCCCCUCCUCAACAGCAGCCAUUAUUGGCACUUUGAUAUAAGAUCCAUAAAUCUGACAUCUUGGAUUUCAGCCAUCCUAACUUAAGAACAAGUUGUUGUUUGUUAUCAGUAUCGUGACUUCCUAAAUACAGAAUCUGAUGGGGCUGUUAGUUGACUUGUUUUUUCAGCACAGACCACUGAGUGGAACCCCUUUGCCCCAUUUUUUAAGGGGGGGCAGCAGGCUAGUUUGGGGACUCAGGGCAGGCCAGAGGGUACCCAGCUCUGUCUUCCAACUAGGGAUGGGAAAUAAAUUUGGUUCAGUUCUCCUUUUAAUGCAAAUCUGCCUAACUCACACUUCCUGAAACAAUAUGUCAAGCAAGCCACAGACAUCCUUCAAAAUACAGUGGACGCUCGGGUUGCGACCAUGAUCCAUGCGGGAUGCAUGUUCGCAACCCGCAGCAGCGCAUCUGUGCACGUGCGGGUUGUGAUUCGGCUCUUCUGCGCAUGCACAAAACGUGAUUUAGCGCUUCUGCGCAUGCGCGACCAGUACUUCCGGGUUUCGGCAGGUCCGUAACCCGAAAAAGCGCAACCUGAAGAGUCUGUAACUCGAAGUAUGACUGUACAUGUGUUACUGUGUGUGAGAGAGUUGUUAGGGAGGAGUGGUACCUCUGGUGUGGUCUUUCUGGGGUAGUUUGUAAACCCUUGGUCCCCACCCAGCACUCAGCUCUCACCUGUGGCUCCUAGAAGCUGUCAGCAUGUGGCAGUGGCCACAAUCCUGGAAACAGCUUUGGCUGCCCGACUAAACUGGGUGAGGGUAUGAGACACUAUGGGCCACGGAGCCUCAAGUGACAGCAAUAGAUUCAGAAGGACCCCCAAGCUACGUAUUGGCUCCUUCAAAGGAAGUGUAACCCCAUCAAGAGCAGGCAAUCUCCCAUCCAUCAUGUCUAGGGAUCCACCGACUAGCAGCCAUAUCUGGAUUGAGCUUCAGUUUAUUGAAUCAAGACAUAAAUAUCUGGUCAUCUCUUUUAGAAAACAGACUAAACAAUAUUAUUUUCAAGUACAUGAUCAUGUACAAAAUAGAAGACAAGUCAAAUGAACAUCAAAAAGUGAUUGGUUGUAUUGAACUUUUGACAGCUUUGAAUGGAAUUUUCAGGUGACAACUUUGCAAGAAAUGAAUGUAAGCCAUUUAAAUUUGGAUUCAUCUUCUGUAUCUGUAAUCCCUUUUCAAAAAUCUAUGUAAAUAACCAUUUAUCACCAAUAAUUAAAAUUCAGAGUGGGAUGCAAUAAGGCUGCUGGAUGUCCCCUCUGCUGUUUGCAAUUUGUUUAGAGCUUCUUGUCAAUUAGGUAUGGAUGACUAACCAAAUUUCAGGAAUAAAACAUAGUAAUACGGAGUGUAAAGAUUCUUUAUAUGCAGAUGAUGUACUUUUCCUGACUAAUUUGGAGAAAUCAAUUAAUACAAUGUUUAGUACAUUGGAUAUGUUCAGUAAAGCUUCAGGGUAUAAAAAUUAACAUCUAUAAAAUAAAAUCAUUUCUUCUGAGAACCAAUAUUCUAAUUAGGGAAAGAGCAAUUUUCAGUGAGAAGCACACCCGUAUAAUAUAUAGGCAUCUGGAUACACUGAGGCAUGAAUAUACUAUAACUACAAGCAGCUGACAUUGCAGGUGGAGAAAGAAAUAGAAAUAUUAUCAAUACUUUCUUUUCUGAAAUAUUCAUAAACUUAAACAUAGCAAUAAAAGUACAAAAAAUAAUUUAUUUAAUUUCCCCCCUCUAUUUCUUUCUUGUUCUUCUUUAAGUAUUUAUCUUCAUACACUUUUCUUCGCUCAUUUACUCAUAGGUCUAUAAUAUUUCAACAGAUUCAAUAAUGAUACCAGUUGUUAAGGAAGUUGUUAGAACAGCAACAACACAAAUCAAAAGAGUGAGUCACUGUGUGUGUGUUUCGAAAUUGUGAGAGAUCUGUUUUAAAUGCAAUAAUGUCUAUGGGUAGUCACAAAUUAUUCUGAGUGAUUCUGCCAUUAAAGAUCAAUUUAUGGCGAAACAGCAGUUUCCUGGGCUGAAUGAACUGAUGCCUGCAAAAAACCAAAGCGCUUUAAAUGGCUUUCCGUGUUCUUAUUUCCGCCACUGACCAGCUUCAGCUAAUUAUUUCCAAAUUCAGAGUCACUGAGCAAAUAUUUGCUCUAUUACCUCACCAAAUUGGCCCUGUCCUGAUUGCUUCAUUCCGGGAACGAAUGUGGCUUUCUCCUCAUGCUUUAAUGUGACCAUAAUUGCUUUUGGGUCUGGAGGUCAGAGCCCAGUAAUUCUCAACAGCCCGGCCAUGCAACUAUACAGAAAUAAAUUUCAAUUCUAAGGAUUGAUUCUAUUGAUUUGCCUCUGGAGCCCAGAACCUAGCUUGCCCCCGUGAACAACUUCCUCCCCCCGAUGUUUAGUCUUAGAUUACAUGCACAAUAAAUUGAAUGUGCCCACAGGCAACAGUGCACCCAAGCUCUGGAGGAUUUGAUUUAACUGUAGUGUAAGGAAUGCCAUACAGGGAUGUGGGUGGCGCUGUGGUCUAAACCACAGAGCCUAGGGCUUGCCGAUCAGAAGGUCGGUGGUUCGAAUCCCCGCGACGGGGUGAGCUCCCGUUGUUCGGUCCCUGCUCCUGCCCACCUAGCAGUUCGAAAGCACGUCAAGUGCAAGCAGAUAAAUAGGUACCGCUCCGGCGGGAAGGUAAAUGGCGUUUCCAUUCGCUGCUCUGGUUCGCCAGAUGCGGCUUAGUCAUGCUGGCCACAUGACCCGGAAGCUGUCUGUGGACAAACGCCGGCACUCUCGGCCUAUAGAGUGAGAUGAGCGCCACAACCCCAGAGUCAUCUGCGACUGGACCUAAUGGUUAGGGGUACCUUUACCUUUUAAGGAAUGCCAUAAACCUUCUUGGUUGGCAAUAUGGUAGCCAAUGUGAUGCUGUCCCCAGCCUGUGUGGCUAAUUCAGGGCCGGAUUUAGGUCUGAUGAGACCCUAAGCUACUGAAGGUAAUGGGGCCCUUUAUAUGUCCAGCUGUCCUUUGUCCACAACAAAUUGUUGCUGUUCUUUUGUGUUGAAUAUAUGCUACAUGGUAAUUUAUGGACCUAAUACGUAUCUCAAGCCAUUUGCACACAACAAAAUAUGCAUUUUAUCAAAGUAAUUGUUGAACUGAAAUGCAAUUAAGAAGAAGUAUAUUAAUAGUGAAAUACAAUUAAGAAGAAGUAUAUUAAACCAGAGCAAACCAGUGAUAUUUUUUUUUAAAAAAGGAUUCUUGAAUCUUUGAUGAUACUGAUUUCACACGCACUUUGUGCCAUAUACUUUUCCAUUUAAAUCUGUCCUUUGGCAUUAAAGUUACGUGCCACAAACAAGUUUUCAAAUGACGUUAAUUCUCGUCUUGCUUUGCUGUUUAAUGAUACCAUUUUACUAUAAAGGAGCUAACUUGUUCAAACUAUGCGCUCCAGCUCAUUUAACAUUCCUCAGGAUUUCUUAUCCUUUGCUUAAGUUGGCCAUUAUUAUAGAAAUCCCUAAUGCCACAUAAUCGUUUUAUUGACCAUUAAAAAGAAAACAUGGGUUCUAUUCUUGUCAUAGAAAAGAUUUUAAAAGGGAGUAAAUGGGGACUGGGUAGGAAUCAGUUGCUUCCGUCUAGAUUUAAAAAUUGCAACUGUAGUUUUGAGGAAGGGACUUUGUAAGCAAUAUAGGGGGAGGCCCCCGACACGGAGCUGCGGUUGAACUGUUUUCGUUCUUCCCUACUUGCAUUGCAAAGACCAGAUGCUUAAUGAGAUAAAAGGAUGAUGAUGAAGCCAUAAUGUCGAUGUGAUGUAUUGAGAUAAUGGUUUCCUGAGUUCCAGGAGCUGUAAUUUUUCUCUGACAGAUAUCGAUACUAUGCUGACAGUAAACUGGAUGUCAUCUGCAUUUAGCUGAUCUGUUUUUAUUAACCACAGGCACGUUUCAACAAUAAACCCGGCCUGCUCAGUUCCUGGAGAAAUCAAUUCAAUGCAAAGUUCUUAUCUGUAUGUAAAACGUGAAAUGUUGGCUUUGCGCAUAGUCUGCUACGAACAUAAGAGGCCUGCUGGAUUAAGCCAGCAGCACAUCUGGUCCAGCAUUCUGUUCUCACAGCGACCAACCAGAUGUCUGUGGCAAGGACCUUAUAGGAAGGACCAUAAUGCAAUAGUCAGGGCCAGAUUUAGGUUUGAUGAGACCCUAAGCUACUGAAGGUAAUGGGGCCCUUUAUAUGUCCAGCUGUCCUUUGUCAACAAUUAUCGCUGGUUUUUGUGCUGAAUAUAUGCUAUAUGGUAAUUUAUGGACCUAAUAGGUAUCUAAAGUCAUUUGCACAUAACAAAAUACGUAUUUUAUCCAACCUGUUGUCUUUGUCCAUGGAGUUUUCCUGGCAGGGAUACUGGAGUGGCUUGCCGGUUCCUGCUCCAGGUGGAUCACAUUUGGUCAAAACUCUCCACUAUGACCUGUGCAUCUUGGGUGGCCCUGCACGGCAUAGCUCAUAGCUUCUCUGAGUUAUUCAAGUCCCUUUGCCACAGCAAGGCUGUAUAGUUAAAGCUAUGGUUUUCCCAGUAGUGAUGUAUGGAAGUGAGAGCUGGACCAUAAAGAAGGCUGAUCAUCGAAGAAUUGGGCACAAGGAGAAGGGGACAACAGAGGACGAGAUGGUUGGACAGUGUUCUCAAAGCUACCAGCAUGAGUUUGACCAAACUGCGGGAGGCAGUGGAAAACAGGAGUGCCUGGCGUGCUCUGGUCCAUGGGGUCAUGAAGAGUCGGACACGACUAAAUGACUAAACAACAACAACAAUUGUUGCAACCAGUCCAUGCACAAUGUAGGCACCCUAUAUAUAGAAAUGAGCAAACCAGUGAUAUUUUAGGGAGCAGGCUAGCAGGCUUACAUCAUAGGAGCCUACACAACACAAAACACUGUUGCUGUAUGUAGGUUUUAUUUUAUUUGCUUUUUAUCUUCUAUUUGGGAACUGUACAUCCAGUGGUUGUUUUCCUUUUAUAUUUUGGGGGCCCCAAAGAGAGUGGGGUCCUAAGGUAUAGCUUGUUUAGCUUGUACGUAAAUCCGGCACUGGCAAUAGUACUAUUCCCACUUGUUAUUCCCAGAAACUGGUCUUCAGAGGCAUACUGUUGCUGAUAUCAGUGGCAGAGGAGUGAUUUUGUCUACUCCUCUUUUAAAGCCUUUUAAGUCAGAUUCCACUGCUUUGUUGUUGUUGUUUAGUCGUUUAGUCGUGCCCGACUCUUCGUGACCCCAUGGACUAGAGCACGUCAGGCACUCCUGUCUUCUACUGCCUCCCACAGUUUGGUCAAACUCAUGCUGGUAGCUUCGAGAACACUAUCCAACCAUGAUCCCACUGCUAACUACCCCCAGUUAAACCUGUAGCGAACCUACCACAGGGUACGCCAAUUAAUCGAAUUUCUAAAUCACCACAGGCUUUCUUUGGGGGUUCUGGGAAAACUCAGUGAUUUGGAGUCUUAACGCAGAAGUUGAACAAACAAGGAAGGCUUUGUUUACCAAAUAAAGUUGGCAAAACAAAGAUGGGUCAGGAAUCGUGUUCUUUCAGGAAACAGUUGUUACACUAAAUCUGCAGAUGUGGCAGGCGUCGAAACAAAGUAGUAAUGCACAGCUUCUCUUAAACCUCAGUUGCUAAAAAUCCCUUGGUACACUUCAGGUAGAUGUUCAGGUUUCUAGAAUAGGUGGUAAAAUGCUUGUCUCCAUUUCUGUUGCUUCACUCUUGUCCCUUUACUUAGUUAUGACAGGUGGUACAGUUAAAUACAACUUCCUUCCUGGAUUGCGAUGAAGGAAGGAGAUGUUAUAAAAUGACUAACCCAGAAGAUCACAUCAGUCCCUCUUUUUAGCAGUUUCAGUCAGAAAACUUGAGAGACAAAGUACAAGAAAAUACAAAAUAAGAAGCCCACUUUGUUGUCCUCCCUACUAAGCCCUUUUCAUCCCUUUAAAAAUAUUCUGUAUUUUGUUUUUCGAAAUAUCUGGAAAGAAAUAAAAGGCUCUUCUGUGACGCAGUAUUUAAUCGGGGUCCGCCAUUAUGAGACAGACUAUGUUGCAGAGAUUAAUAGCCAUAGGGGGAAGCGAGCCACUACUUUGUUAUCAUGUUUGUAUUUUAAGUUCGACUUGGCAAAUCUUCCCUGGAAAGGUUGAUGUGUGCAACUUGUCUGGAAAAAUUAAUGAGCAAACGCCUAGAUUCUAUUUCAUCGGAACUGAAAAAGAUGGCGUCUGCCACCCGAGGAGGACUUUUGGAUGGACUCGGCUUAAAUAACAACGCGUGAGGAUUUAUUGCAAACAAAAGACUUACCAGCUUCAAAAAAAGGGAGAGUCAUACAAAGUUCACACAGAAGCAUAAUAUUGUUUACUUUAACUCGCCUGUGGAAAUAACUCAGAGGCUAUUAAGAAGAAGAAGGAAAUAACAAGAAGAUUGAAAGAUGGGACUGGUGAACACUAAAAGCAGCAGAAAUAUGAGAUGAUUGGACCCUACUGAACUCGAAGUAUGGGAACCCCCAACAAAAAAAUUAUAAUUUGGCAAAAUAUUUGGACUUUAUAGUAUGUACAGUGGUGCCUCGCAAGACGAAAAGAAUCCGUUCCGCGAGUCUCUUCGUCUUGCGGUUUUUUAGCGGUUUAGCGGAUUAGCGCUAUUAGCGGCUUAGCGGGCUUAGCGGAUCAGCUGAUAAGCGGCUUAGUGGCUUAACGGAUCAGCUGUUAAGCGGCUUAGUGGAUCAGCUGAUAAGCGGCUUAGUGGCUUAACGGAUCAGCUGUUAAGCGGCUUAGCGGAUCAGCUGAUAAGCGGCUUAGUGGCUUGGGAAAAAGGGGGGGGAAAGGAAAAAAACCCCGCAGGAACUCACAAGACAUUUUCGUCUUGCGAAGCAAGCCCAUAGGAAAUUCGUUUUGCGAAGCACCUCCAAAACGGAAAACCCUUUCGUCUAGCGGGUUUUCCGUCUUGCGAGGCAUUCGUCUUGCGGGGCACCACUGUAUUGGUAUAAUUUGGAAUAAUUAAUGUGAUGCGAUUGGAUUUUAAAAUGGAAAACUUAAUAAAAAUUAUUAUAAAAAAUAUAUAUAUUCUGUAUUAGGGAUAUGGAGUCUCUCGAUGCUGUUAAACCGCAGCUCCUGCCAUCCCUAAACAGUGGCCAUGCUGUCUAGGGCUGAUCAGCGUUGGACUCCAACAAUAUCUGGAGAGUCACAGUUUCUCCACCUUGCAGGUGUCAACAGCAGCAGUCUGUCCCACACGCUCACUUCACUUAACAUGGGCAAAGUUUAAGGCAACUAACUCUACCACGGAAGGUUUACUGCAACACAGCUGCAUGAGCCAAAAUGAACUUCAAUUCUUGGCUCAAAUUUGACAGGGCAUCCUAAUACACAUUGCGACUCAGAAGCAUAGCUGCCAAGCGUCCCUUAUUUGGAGGGACAGUGCCUUAUUCCAGCGCCAUGUCCUGCUGCUGUCCCUUAUUGAUGGAUGUCCCUUAAAUUUCCCGGGUUUCAAAGGAAGCAGCUCCUCUCCCUCCCUCCCUCCCUCCCUGCCGGCCAGGGAGGAGGGAGGCUCCAACUGUGUUUCUUGGCUGCCUGGCCCACCCCCCUCCGGCCUCCUCUCACCAGCCUCAGCCCCUGGGAUCCCCUCCCCACCGGGACUGGUGGGAGCCUUGGGCCCUUCUGCCACCAUCCUCCUCGCGGCUGCCGAGCAGAGUGUCUCUGCCUGGGGCCUCCCCUCUGCCUGUCGCCGCCGCUCCCGCUAGGCCGUACUGCGGCUGCGCCGCCGAAGGACCCGGAUGAGAUGGGCAGCCUGGCGUGGCCUAUGAAUUGCUGAGGAGCCUUGAGAGGAGAGCGAGGGCAACCAUAGAGAAAGCAGUUCAGAGAGAGGAGGAAGAGGAGGCGGCGGAGGCGGAGGCGUGGGCAGGUGUUCCAAGGGCUACAAGGGAAGGACCGCAAGCACUUCUCCCAUAGAUUUGUAGUGGUAGACUAGCAUAGAUGGUUUGAUCUGCGGGUUUACUUUGGGCGCUAUUUCCCCUCCUUCCUCCCACCCCACCUGAUGGAACUGAGAGCUGCAGAUGGAGCACGAGAGAAAAGAUACAGAACUGCAGCAGCAUCUUCGUAGCUUGGACUUUGUUUUGCGCGAAAAGUGGUUGCUGCUUGUAGUUAUUUAAUUGCAGUGUCUCAUUGGCUGGUGUCUUGAGCAGCAACCUCUGGAAACGAAGGGCUAGAAACCGGCACUGCUCUGCCAAAUUAUCUGGUUGCUUUUAACUUCGUAUUUCAGCUGGUUGACUAAAAUCCCUUAUUUUGGCUACUGGUCCCUUAUUUUCGAGGCUGCUGGUCCCUUAUUUUCAAAUCUGAAAGUUGACAGCUAUGCUCAGAAGCUCCCAAAUGUUGCUUGAAGCCUUGCUACUGAAUCUCCACCACUGUUUCCAUAAAAUCACAUGGUGCUAGAAUAGGGACCUUAGUUGCUUGUGACCUCAGAGUAUUUUCUGGGAUAUUCCAUUUCAUUCCCUGUCCCAUCCCCUGCAUGCUCUGUUAUCGUAUUGCUGGUUUGGCCUCCCCAUCCCUUAGGAUUCUAUUAUUAUUAUUAUUAUUAUUAUUAUUAUUAUUAUUACUAUUACUAUUAUUAUUAUUUCUACAAGUCUCAGUGGUCUGCCAAGACAGCCAGAACCUCCCUCUUGUUCCCAUUUUGGCAGUAUAUGGAAUGGCACUUGGAUAACUGAGUUUGCUGUUGGUAUAUGACAGGUGUCAGGACCUUUUUGCUCUCCAGAUGUUACUGAACUACAACUCCCACCACCCCUGGUGAUUGGCCAUGUUUGUUGGGGCUGAUGGGAGUUGGGGUCCGGCAAUGUCUGGAGAGCCAAAGACUCCCCAUGUUGGCUACCAUAGCCAUCUUGGCUGAAGGUUAAGAGCCUCCUCAAGGUUUGACCUCCAUAUCCUGCCUCAAGGCAGAUUAAAACGGCUGGUUUAUCAUUAUUUGUGCUGACAGAACAAUUGAGAGAUAAUCUGUGUGGCGGCAAUAUCAGGAACACACGUGAUAUGCACACCUUUAACAGUUUCGGUAUGACAUGGGGGAAAAAAGUGUGCCCUCUAUAUUUAGGAGUGGCUAUUUGUGAAGAAAAUGACACAAUGGUGAUUAUCAGUGACAGAAAUCGCAAUGAAAGCGAAACUAAGGUAAAAAUAAAGUCGGAAAUAUUGAUGAUCGAUGGCAGAACGCAAAAGCAUUCGUUUGUGGUUUAUGUUAGAAGCAGAGCAACGGUAAAGAACUGAAAUCUACAGUGGUUAAAAAAGCAAAUAUUGAGCCAUUUCCCACUGAGUUGACCUUGAGCAGCAUGAAACAAUUGCCAGCCAUAUCUGUCAACCACAGGGACAGCCCUACCAUUAGGACUCAGGUAGAUUUUGAGAGGUGGGGAUUGAAAGAGAGACAGGAAAGGGUGCACUAAAAGCACUAAGAUGUCACUUUAAACCAUCACAGCUUCUUCCAAAGAAUUCUGGGAGCUGGAAUUUGUUAAGGGAGCUGAGAGUUGUCAGGAGACCCCUAUUUCCCUUUCAGAGCUACAAUUUCCAGAGUUCCCUGUAAGCAGGGAUAGAUCAUCAUCGUUUCCUAGCAACUCUCAGGACCCAACUAGGUAAAGGUAAAGGGACCCCUGACCAUUAGAUCCAGUCGUGACCGACUCUGGGGUUGCGGCGCUCAUCUCGCUUUAUUGGCCAAGGGAGCCGGCGUACAGCUUCUGGGUCAUGUGGCCAGCAUGACUAAGCCGCUUCUGGAGAACCAGAGCAACACACGGAAACACCAUUUACCUUCCCGCUGGAGCGGUACCUAUUUAUCUACUUGCACUUUGAUGUGCUUUCGAACUGCUAGGUUGGCAGGAGCUGGGACUGAGCAAUGGGAGCUCACCCGUCACGGGGAUUUGAACCGCUGACCUUCUGAUCGGCAAGUCCUAGGCUCUGUGGUUUAACCCACAGCACCACCUGCGUCCCUCAGGACCCAACUACAGUUCCCAUAAUUAUUUGUGGGAACCCAUGCUGUUUAAAGUGGCAACAUAGUGCUUUAAAUAUAUGGUGUGAAUGUGGCCCUAGCUAACAAGGAGCUGCUCUGAGAUGGAAUGGAGUUUCCUUCAACAGUGCUGAAGAGUUGACUGCCAUUCUGGUUAGCUGCUUCUGUAAGCAGAAUGUAGGGGGUGGGGCAUCUUCUCCUUCACUUCAGGCAGCAAAACAUCUUGGGUGGUAUAAUAAUAAUAAUUUUAUUAUUUAUACCCCACCCAUCUGGCUGGGUUCCCCCAGCUACUCGGGCGGCUUACAGCACAUUAAAAAUUGUAAAACACUAGACAUUAAAAAUUUCCUGAUACAGGGUUGCCUUCAGAUGUCUUCUAAAAGUCAGAGAGUUGUCCUUGACAUCUGAUAGGAGAACGUUCCACAGGGCAGGUGCCACCACCAAGAAGGCCUUCUGCCUGGUUCCCUGUAACCUCACCUCUUGCAGUUAGGGAACUGCCAGAAGGCCCUCAGCGCUGGACCUCAGUGUCCGGACUGAAGGAAUGUAUCACUUAUAUUGUAAGUGAUACAUUUGAAUAUCCUGUUAACUUAUAAGGGAUAAGGAGGCUUUCCUAUUCCUAGGUGGAGCUGUCCAAGAUAUUGCAUGGGAACCAAGGGACCAUAAGAAUAGUGAUAGGGUGCACGGUUUUAAUGCACAAAGUCCCCAGUUUAAGUCAAAGCAUCUCUGUCAUGUGUGUGUAUGUGUGUGUGAUAAAGAUGUUUUGACCUAAACCUGGGACUUUGUUCAUGAAAACCAUGCCCCCUAUCAUAGGAUUUGACAAGGCCGGUGCUUAGAAUGAACUAGUUUGGUUUAGCAAAGUUCAAAAAUCCCAGAACUACACCCGAAAGUAGUUCCCAUAAUUUCUAAAUGUGUAUUAAGUUCAUUUUAUGACAGAACCUGGAACCAUUUUUGUUUUGCCUUCAAGUUCCUCUUCCUACUGUUGUUGUUGUUGUUGUUGUUGUUGUUGUUACUCUGUCGACUUUUUGGGCCUUUUGCAUGCUCUAGUUAUCUCUUGCUUGGACUACUGCAAUGCACUCUAUGUGGGGCUACCUUUGAAGGUGACCCGGAAACUACAACUAAUCCAGAAUGUGGCAGCUAGACUGGUGACUGGGAGCGGCCGCCGAGACCAUAUAACACUGGUCUUGAAAGACCUACACUGGCUCCCAGUACGUUUCCGAGCACAAUUCAAAGUGUUGGUGCUGACUUUUAAAGCCCUAAACAGCCUCGGUCCAGUAUACCUGAAAGAGCGUCUCCACCUCCAUCUUUCUGCCCAGACACUGAGGUCCAGCGCCGAGGGCCUUCUGGCGGUUCCCUCGCUGCGAGAAGCCAAGUUACAGGGAACCAGGCAGAGGGCCUCCUCGGUAGUGGCACCCAACCUGUGGAACACCCUCCCAUCAGAUGUCAAAGAGAAAAAUAACUACCAAACGUUUAGACGACAUCUGAAGGCAGCCCUGCCAGAUGGGUGGGGUAAUAAUAAUAAUAAUAAUAAUAAUAAUAAUAAUUUAAGCUCAAUAAAAAGCUUAAAUAAAUUAAACAGUUUGCAUUUCAUUGCACGUAUGUUUAAUGUUUUCUUAGUCUUCUUAAGUAUAUUGUGUACUUCAGCAAAGCAGCUGCUAACACUCUGAGUGCUGAAAUAUUCAUUGCCGAGGAUCGAAAUGAAUUGUGAACUGACUGCGAAUAGAACUGGAAUUAGUUCCUGCUUCUACAUGCUGUACUUGAACCGGAACUAGUUAAUCUUUAGAAUGGACUGUCCAAGCUCAAGAGACUACCAGGGGUCAGGCCAAGGCAUUUGCUGCCUGAGACAGGACAAUAUGGCAGCUUUCUCCCACCUCAUGUGGAGAGGCUGACCAGACUGGCAGCUGAAUCUUACUUCAACCCCGCUGGCAAUGGGACAGCCUCAUUUAACACAUGUGAGGGCAGCUUGCCCUCCAACACUUUGCUGCGGCUCCCUGCCCCCCUGUUGCAUCUACUGCCUAUUGCAGUUGCCCCAUCCUGUCUAAUGGUAGGGCCAGCCCUGGAAAAGAUCUCUAACUGAAAGCUCUUGCCAGCCAGAGUAUACGCAACACUGGGCCACAUGGAUCCAUGAUCUGACUUAAGUAGGUUCGUGUGUGGCUCUACGAGCAACUUUUCAAUUUAAAUUAAGAAAAGCCAUUUUUCUACAAGAUGAGAAAGUCUCGCACGUGAGAUUCAGGUUACGUUCAUCAUUCUCACCAGUGAACCAAACAGCUUGCAGGGAUGUCAAUAAACUGAAAGCCAUCUUUGAAGAACGUCAGAAAGAACAGAACUGGAGCAGCAGCAGAAAUGCCACAUGUUUGAUGUUUUUGAGUCAACAGUCAGCUAAUUAAUAUGCAAAUGAAACACAGUGAAGUAAGCAGGGAGGAAAGAUGCUGGUGGAAAUCUGAUUAUCAUAAUUACUCAGGCCAUCAAGCAGACUUCCUGCCUGACAUUAUUUUUAGUCGCAAACCAAGAUGACCCCGUGACAAUCAGCUUCGAAGUGAAACAGGGCUACUUUCAAGCAAAAGGUAGGUUUUUACAUAUCGGAGAGAGCCUGGGGGUAUUCAGAAGAACUUUCCAUUCUACAUCCUGCUAUGGAAUCAUAACCACCAUUUGCUCUGCUGGUAUCUCAAGAUGAGCCAUCUUUGCAGCUGUUGAAAUCAUCCCUGUCCUUUUCUGUCACCAGGUGUGUGAUUUGAAGAAGAGGCAGAGAGCAGGUGAAGCAUACCUGUUGCUCCAGCUUUGCAGGUAAGCAAAAUCCCAUUACUGAAACUGGCAGCCAGGCAAGUGGUGUGUGGGCAGAGAGGAACAGCAGCUACUACCCUUAAGAAAGGCAUAGGCAAACUCAGCCCUCCAGAUGUUUUGGAACUACAACUCCCAUCAUCCCUAGCUAACAAAACCAGUGGUCAGGGAUGAUGGGAACUGUAGUCCUAAAACACCUAGAGGGCUGCCUUAAGAGGAGGAAGGACCAGCUUUCCCCUCCCAAAGUUUUGUGACUGUUUAAGCUUGACCACCAGUGAGGAAAGGGACGCGGGUGGCGCUGUGGGUUAAACCACGGAGCCUAGGACUGGCCGAUCAGAAGGUGGGUGGUUCGAAUCCCCGAGAUGGGGUGAGCUCCCAUUGCUCAGUCCCUGCUCCUGCCAACCUAGCAGUUCGAAAGCACGUCAAAAUGCAAGUAGAUAAAUAGGUACCACUCCGGCGGGAAGGUAAACAGCAUUCCCGUGCACUGCUCUGGUUCACCAGAAGCGGCUUACUCAUGCUGGCCACAUGACCUGGAAGCUGUACAUCGGCUCCCUUGGCCAAUAAAGCGAGAUGAGCGCCGCAACCCCAGAGUCGGUCACGACUGGACCUAAUGGUCAGGGGUCCCUUUACCUUUACCUGAGGGGAAAUUCCCCCAGUCUCCUGGCUUUGAAGAAGAGCAGGUAAAACUUUCCUAGUGCCCAAGUUUAGACAGCCUAGAGAGGCAAGGAAUGGAUAAUCUGCCUUUUGAGUUGGGUUGGGGAAGAGAUGCAAUGCAUUUUAUACUUAAAGGUAAACCUCCAUAAUCUGAACCCAAACAAUGUGUGAAUCGGAAGCCAUCCAUCCUUUCAAAUUUGCACUUCUAUGGCUUUUAUGGUGCAGUUCUGCAGCCAAGUAAUUUGUAUGAAAAGGUGUAUACUAGAGUCAGGUGGAAAUGCAUAUAGUACUGGAAAUGGCAUAUAAAUGCCUUGCAUUCAUAUAUUGAGUGCAAUUCUGGGCCUCAUCAAUAGGAGUAUAGCAUCUAGAUCAAGGGAAGUAAUAGUGCCACUGUAUUCUACUCUGGUCAGACCUCACCUGGAGUACUGUGUCCAGUUCUGGGCACCACAGUUCAAGAAGGACACUGACAAACUGGAACGUGUCCAGAGGAGGGCAACCAAAAUGGUCAAAGGCCUGGAAACGAUGCCUUAUGAGGAACGGCUAAGGGAGCUGGGCAUGUUUAGCCUGGAGAAGAGGAGGUUAAGGGGUGAUAUGAUAGCCAUGUACAAAUAUAUAAAAGGAUGUCACAUAGAGGAGGGAGAAAGGUUGUUUUCUGCUGCUCCAGAGAAGCGGACACGGAGCAAUGGAUCCAAACUACAAGAAAGAAGAUUCCACCUAAACAUUAGGAAGAACUUCCUGACAGUAAGAGCUGUUCGACAGUGGAAUUUGCUGCCAAGGAGUGUGGUGGAGUCUCCUUCUUUGGAGGUCUUUAAGCAGAGGCUUGACAACCAUAUGUCAGGAGUGCUCUGAUGGUGUUUCCUGCUUGGCAGGGGGUUGGACUCGAUGGCCCUUGUGGUCUCUUCCAACUCUAUGAUUCUAUGAUUCUAUGAGUGUAAGCUAAUGAGUGAUCAUACAUACUGUAGGUACACAUACAUGUGCAGGCAUGUGCCGAGAAAUGUGGAUGUUAUGUAUGUAUGCAAUCUUAGUAUUAUUUUUUUAUAACUACAUUCAUGUUUUGAAGCAACUUCAGAGGUAUAUUCUAGUGGUGAAGUAGACACCUAUAGAAGUCUCAAAUGGGAUAUCACAGACCCUGUGCAUGCCAUAGACAUGCUAUGCAAUUCGUGAAGUAAAGGUAAAGGGUCCCCUGACUGUUAAGUCCAGUCGUGGACGACUCUGGGGUUGUGGCACUCAUCUCGCUUUACUGGCUGAGGGAGCUGGUGUUUGUCCGCAGACAGUUUUUCCGGGUCAUGUGGCCGGAUCAUGUGGCAAACCAGAGCAGCAUAUGGAAAUGCACUUUGACGUGCUUUCGAACCGCUAGGUUGGCAGGAGCUGGGACUGAGCAACGGGAGCUCACUCCAUCGCAGGGAUUCAAACCGCUGACCUUCUGAUCGGCAAGCCCAAGGCUCUGUGGUUUAGACCACAGCGCCACCUGCAUCCCUUCAAUUCGUGAAGUAACGCUGAACAAAUUGAAAAUUCCAGCCUAAAUGGUUCACCUUCUGGUUCUCAAAUUUAUCUCGUGAACUAAGUAGCAUCAGCAGGAAGGCUGUCGAUACCACAUUCCCCUAAGGCUGUGCUGUUAGGCAUUUCAGUUCAAAAUGAUGUUGGGGUCUUGAUGCCUAAGUUUCUCAUGGAGCCCAUUGGCACUACAGUUAUGCACAGAAAAUGCAAGAGUAUGGGGAAAUAUAAAGACAAUGUGGCUACAGCAACAGGGAGGUGGGCAGUGUUUGCCUCCAAUUACCGUAUUUUUCGCUCCAUAAGAUAAUUACCGUAUUUUUCGCUCUAUAUAUCUCAGAAGAUCAAUCAUGUGUCACUGGAAGUUUUGCUGAGGAGGUGGAUUUCUCUACAUACCGUAUUUUUCGCUCUAUAAGAUGCACCAGGCCACAAGACGCACCUAGUUUUUGGAGGAGGAAAACAAGAAAAAAAAUAUUCUGAAACUCAGAAGCCAGAACAACAAGAGGGAUCGCUGCGCAGUGAAAGCAGCAAUCCCUCUUGCUGUUCUGGCUUCUGGGAUAGCUGCGCAGCCUGCAUUUGCUCCAUAAGACGCACACACAUUUCCCCUUACUUUUUAGGAGGGAAAAAGUGAGUCUUAUAGAGCAAAAAAUAUGGUAAAUUAUUAGUUAAAACAAAACCAUGACGUUAUUUUAUUUUCUCACUUGUUAUAUUUUGAAUUUGCUGAGGGAUUGCUGGACCUCUGGCAGACUUCCAUGGCUGUGAUAGGAUUUCAUCCCUUCCUCUCUCACCUCCUGUAGCCCCCCCCUUCAAAAUUUUCUCUGGGGGGUGGGGGAGAUUCUCCGGAGAAGAUUUGGGGAGAGUGGGUGGAGAAAGAAGAAGAGGAAGUCCUCUCACGUGAGCAGAAGUCCAUUCAUGUGACAUUGGCUGCUGCCCAAUACUAUUAUAUAUAUAAAUGGAAAAUAGCAGAAAGAAUGGAAGGAAAUGAACUCAUAUUGAUGCUGUAGGGGACAAUCUCCUCUCUUGCCGUACAUUUUAAUAUUGAAUACAAGUUUCAUGUUGACUAAUUUUUCUGGGUGAUGAACAUUUGCUUUGCUCACUGCUCUUUGAGGUUAACUGCACACGUAUUUCCACUGCUUCCUGUCUUGAAACAACCAAAACAUUGCUUACCUUUUCAGGUAUAUCCUCCCUCCCUCCCUCCCUCCCUCUCUCUUUCUCUCUCUCACACACUGCGUGGGUUCCGUUCACACCGAAAUCCUCUAUCGUGAACAAAGGAUCAUUCUAAAUAUCAAUCUGGUUUCUUUCCAGCUUGUCUUCGACUAAGAAAGCAUCGAACGUCUACAUGAAACCAACAUCUGGCUGUGUGAUGAUUUCGUUUUUUAUCGCCCUUGUCUUUCCCAGCUUAGCUGCUGGCUUCAGCAAAGGUGAGUUAUUCAUAAUAUAGGACGAGGCUGAGAAAUCCCUCCUAUAUAAAAUUAUCCAGAAGAGACAUGGAAAAUACAUUAGAAAGUAGGGUUGUUGUUGUUCUUACUACAGUAGUUGUUACUACUGCAUUGGGAAUUUUUUAACGUCUAAUGUUUUACCAUUUUUUAUGCGCUGUAAGCCACCCAGAGUGCCUGGGAAAACCAGAUGGGCAGGGUAUAAAUGAUGAUGAUGAUGAUGAUUAUGAUUUUAUGAACACCACCAUGACCACCAUCUAUAUAUGUACAUAUGGACCUCCUACAGACAGAGCCAUAGUUAUGGGAGGGUUGGGGAGGCUAGCCAGGUGUUUUGCCCCAGGUGAAGCCUCCAGAGGUGUACCAUUGAGGCUGCCCAGCAAAUUCUCAUGGGUGGGUGUUUCAAACUGGGUCUUUUACUAGUUACGCCCCUGUCUACCAGCAUCUUGUUAGUCACCAUGAGAGUAAGAUGCUAGAAGGACCAUUGGCCCGAUAUAGCAAGGCUCUUUUUAUGUUUUUAUUGUACUUUUAUAUCAUAUUAGUCCUUGUUGUUGUUUAGUCGUUUAGUCGUGUCCGACUCUUCGUGACCCAAUGGACCAGAGCACGCCAGGCACUUCUGUCUUCCACUGCCUCUCACAGUUUGGUCAAACUCAUGCUGGUAGCUUCGAGAACACUAUCCAAUCAUCUCGUCCUCUGUCGUCCGCUUCUCCUUGUGCCCUCCAUCUUUCCCAACAUCAGGGUCUUUUCCAGGGAGUCUUCUCUUCUCAUGAGGUGGCCAAAGUAUUGGAGCCUCAGCUUCACGACCUGUCCUUCCAGUGAGCACUCAGGGCUGAUUUCCUUAAGAAAGGAUAGGUUUGAUCUUCUUGCAGUCCAUGGGACUCUCAAGAGUCUCCUCCAGCACCAUAAGUCAAAAGCGGUAAAUUAAAUAUCUGAUAUUAAAUAAGUAUCUGAGAUACCUGCCACUCCCUUUUCUAUGGAUACAGCAUAUUUCUCUUGAGCAUGUUUAUUUAUCACGACACUGUGUUUGAUAUUUCAUUACAGUCAUAGAAGUAACUCAACCGUCGUUCCUGGUGGUCAAAAGGCAAGAGGCUGCCCACUUUGCGUGUGAAUACAGGAAUGCUGGAGAUGCAGAGGGACUCGUAAUAACUUUACUUAAACACCUUGGCAACGAGUCUCUCAGGAUGUGUGCUUCAUGGCUUACUGCUGGGUAUGAGCCGUUCAUCGUGAAGGAUGGCAUCAAGUGCCAAGUCCACCCUGGUCACAAUGGUGUAAACGUUACUCUAUGGGGUCUGCAGCCGACUGAUGCUGGUCUGUAUAUCUGCAAGAUGGAACGGAUUUUCCCGCCACCCUACAUCCAAGUCAUGGGAAGGGGAACCCAGCUCUAUGUGGUUGGUAAGUUCAGAAAGCUCACGAUUUGAUGUCAGGGUGCCUUCAAGUGUUUUUCAGAAUGAAUGUGUGUCCUUGAGGUCUAUCAGUUCAAUCCUGUAACUCUCAAAUCAGCCUUCUCACAGUAUGUACAUGUUUGUGCAGAAGUCCGUCACACUGAGAUUUGCUUCCUAGUAAGUGAGUUGGCGCUGUGGGUUAAACCACAGAGCCUAGGACUUGUUGAUCAGAAGGUCGGUGGUUCGAAUCCCCGCGACGGGGUGAGCUCCCGUUACUCGGUCCCUGCUCCUGCCAACCUAGCAGUUCGAAAGCAUGUCAGAGUGCAAGUAGAUAAAUAGGUACCGCUCUGGCGGGAAGGUAAACAGUGUUUCCAUGCGCUGCUCUGGUUCACCAGAAGCGGCUUAGUCAUGCUGGCCGGAAGCUGUACACCGGCUCCCUUGGCCAAUAAAGCGAGAUGAGCGCCGCAACCCCAGAGUUGGUCACGACUGGACCUAAUGGUCAGGGGUCCCUUUACCUUAAGUGAGUUAAGGCGUUCUGCCCAGACGCUGAGGUCCAGCGCCGAGGGCCUUCUGGCGGUUCCCUCAUUGCGAGAAGCAAAGCUACAAGGAACCAGGCAGAGGGCCUUCUCGGUAGUGGCGCCUGCCCUGUGGAACGCCCUUCCAGCAGAUGUCAAAGCAAUAAACAACUAUCUGACAUUCAGAAGACAUCUUAAGGCAGCCCUGUUCAGGGAAGUUUUUAACGUGUGAUAUUUUAGUGUAUUUUUGGUUUAUAUGGAAGCCGCCCAGAGUGGCUGGGGAGGCCCAGCCAGAUGGGCGGGGUUUAAAUAAUAAAUUAUUAUUAUUAUUAUUAUACCUAAUCCAUAUUUUCCAAAACAAUACGAGAACUGAAGUACAGCCAUCCUUUGAAACUCACACUUCUCUGAAUUUUGCAGUGAGCUUUCUGGCCUGUGACUUGGUUUCCGAAUGUUUUGGAAGUCAAACGGACUUCCAGAAGGGAUUCCAUUCGACUUCCAAGGUACGACUGUACUUGGAAAACAGUGUGUGUGUGUGUGUGUGUGUGUGUGUGUGUUAACAUUUGCUCUAUCUUCCUGAAGAUGAUAAUUUGAAAAAUUAAAUGUAUUUCAGACACAGAUCCAUGCCCAGACCCGCAACUCUAUCUUUGGAUCACAACAGCAGUAGCUUCUGGAUUGCUUGUAUACAGCAUUUUAAUCACAACCUGCAUUAUGAGAAAGGCUGUAAGUACAUGAGCUAUAACAUAGUACAUGGGCUUUUAGGAAUAAAUCCAAGGGAAUUUGUAAUAUCAUGACCAUCAUAUUUUUGGCAGUUUGGUUCCCUUGCAUUCUGGUCAACAGACAGGCCUGAAGAGUCAACCUGGAGAAUGUAACCAUGCCUUCACAUCAAUUGGUGUGUGUGUGUGCUAGAAAUUGCGUCCAGAGUCUUGAGUUGCUAUCCCAAGAAGGACUUGAAUGCAAUGUCUGGUCUGUAUUGCUAUGUUGCUGAGCAGAAUCUAGAACAGGCAUGGCCAAACUUGGCCCUCCAGAUGUUUUGGUUUUCCCCCCUCAAAGAUAUUUAUUAAGAUUUUCAAAAUAUUACAAAAUAAAAAAGAAAAAAGAAAAAUACAAAAUAAAAAUAGUUAAAAACAAUUCAGUUUUUCAGUCACUUAUCUUUCAUUUGCUUAUUUCCCGGACCUCCUCACACCUCCCUUUUCUGUAUUCCAAUUCAGUUUGUUAGUUCAGCAAAUCCCUCCCCUCUUUGUUUAUCCUAAUCAUCAAUCUUAAAGUAUUGUAACAUUAGAUUUUUACCUAUUAAUAGUCCAUUUUUCAUAUUCCCUUAUAACAUUACAGCUAAAAACCACUUAGUUUCUAUCCAACAUCAUUCUAACAUUCAUUAAUUUUACAGUAUUUCUGUAAAUAGUCUUUAAACUUUUUCCAAUCUUCUUCCACCGACUCUUCUCCCUGGUCUUGGAUUCUGCCAGUCAUUUCUGCCAGUUCCAUAUAGUCCAUCAUCUUCAUCUGCCAUUCUUCCAAAGUGGGUAGAUCUUGUGUCUUCCAAUACUUUGCAAUAAGUAUUCUUGCUGCUGUUGUGGCAUACAUAAAGAAAGUCCUAUCCUUCUUUUGCACCAAUUGGCCGACUAUGCCCAACAGGAAGGCCUCUGGUUUCUUUAGAAAGGUAUAUUUAAAUACCUUUUUCAGUUCAUUAUAAAUCAUCUCCCAGAAAGCCUUGAUCUUUGGGCACGUCCACCAAAGGUGAAAGAAUGUACCUUCGUUUUCCUUACAUUUCCAGCAUUUAUUAUCGGGCAAAUGAUAGAUUUUUGCAAGCUUGACUGGUGUCAUGUACCACCUGUAUAUCAUUUUCAUAAUAUUCUCUCUUAGGGCAUUACAUGCCGUAAAUUUCAUACCUGUGGUCCACAACUGUUCCCAGUCAGCAAACAUAAUGUUAUGUCCAACAUCUUGUGCCCAUUUAAUCAUAGCAGAUUUCACCGUUUCAUCCUGAGUAUUCCAUUUCAACAGCAAGUUAUACAUCUUUGACAGAAUCUUAGUUUUGGGUUCUAACAGUUCUGUUUCCAAUUUUGAUUUUUCCACCUGGAAGCCAAUUUUCUUGUCCAAAUUGUAUGCCUCCAUUAUCUGAUAAUAAUGAAGCCAGUCUCGCACUUUGUCUUUUAAUUUCUCAAAACUCUGCAAUUUCAAUUUGUCUCCUUCUUGUUCCAAAAUUUCCCAAUAUUUCGGCCCUCCAGAUGUUUUGGGACUACAGCUCCCAUCAUCCCUAGCUAACAGGACCAGUGGUCAGGGAUGAUGGGAAUUGUAGUCCCCAAACAGCUGGAGGGCCAAGUUUGGCCAUGCCUGAUCUAGAAUUAUUAGACCAAGGAUGGGGUGUCCUCACCAACGUAUUUUAAUUUGCUCCACCAACAUGCUUCGUUUUUUGUUUUAAGCAAGAGUACAUGUGCAAGAGGAUGCGGGUGGCGCUGUGGGUUAAACCACAGAGCCUAGGACUGGCCGAGCAGAAGGUCGGCGGUUCGAAUCCCCGCGACGGGGUGAGCUCUCGUUGCUCGGUCCCUGCUCCUGCCAACCUAGCAGUUCGAAAGCACCUCAAAGUGCAAGUAGAUAAAUAGGUACCACUCCGGCGGGAAGGUAAACAGCGUUUCCAUGCGCUGCUCUGGUUCGUCAGAAGCGGCUUAGUCAUGCUGGCCGGAAGCUGUACACCGGCUCCCUUGGCCAAUAAAGCGAGAUGAGCGCCGCAACACCAGAGCCGGUCACGACUGGACCUAAUGGUCAGGGGUCCCUUUACCUUUACUUUUACAUGUGCAAGAACUCUUGACACAAGAGGCAUAACUGAUCCAUAUUAAGUCACCCAAGCCCAGAAUUAUUAUUAUUUUUUGCAAGAAUUACAGCACCCAGCAUGCAAUCCACCAGAAACAGGGCAGGGGCCUUAUGUGUGGACCAGAAACUUUGUCCCACUCAGCACUGUUAAAUUAUUACUCUUGCCGUGAAAGGUGAAGAAACACCAAGAAGAUGAAAUGAAAUUCCUUGCAGGGUUAUUUAGUUCUUCAAGAUCAGCUGCUGUUCUGGGCUUGAGGUCAAAAAGGAUGUUCAUCAAUGUGAAAUGAACGGCAGCAGUUUCUUUCUGAUUCAGAACUAGCAACCACUGCCCUUGCCUUCCUCACCACAAUACCAGAACACUGUAAUAAUCUCAAUACGAUGAGUAGAGUCAGCAUGUGCUGAACAGGGUGGUUUAACUCUUCACAGAGGUGUGUUGCCUAUCGGAAUUAGAGUGUAUUCAUGUUCCUUAGGGUCUUCCAAGCACUUCCCAUCCUGUGUUUUUUCCUUCUAAAGUCCUACCUGGCACAUCUUUGCUGGAUAUUGCGGAUGUUGUUUUUUGAUAGGACUUUAAUCUGGAGAUUAUGUUUGUCAGGAAUUAUUUUUUUAUUAUCGAGUUCUUAGCCACCUUCAAUCCUUCUCCAGCUCCAGCCUAUUUGAAAACCCCACCUACUCCCUUUGGAGAAUAUUCUGCAACCCCGCACUCUGCCCGAAUUUCACCCCCGGAAAAGAGUUUAGAGAAUUUGGAGGGUCCAUUUCCCCUCAGCCAUAGUGCCGAAAUACAGAGAAGAAUGCUGUUGGUAGUGUAAAAUUGUGGAACGCAUAAAAGAAUAUGUUGGGUCCAGGCAUCUCACCAUCAGCAUUGUGUUUAGUAGACCGGGAACACUUUAUCUAAAUUUCUCAGGCAGAGGUUACAAAACAGCAAACAGGCCAUCAGUUCAAAUACCUUCAGACUUGAUCUUUGUUGUCUUCCUGGAUUCGAGAUUAUGGAAGAAUGAAAAAGCUUACAGACUGUGAAAUAUUCUGUCAAAAGCAAUUAUCAGGGACCUCAUUUGUUAAGAUCAACAGAAAUUAGAGAGGUCGAGAAUAUACACCUGGAGGUAGGUUAUAUCAAUCUCAAGAUGUGGGAGCAUAUAUGGUAGGAUGGAACACAGUUUUCUUGCAGUGCCAGAUUAUUUUUCUUAUUUUACAGAUACGGAAAAGCAGCUAUUUUACUCCUGGGGUCUAUGAGAAAAUUGUACCAAUGUAACCGGGAAAAAGAAAGGAAAACUGCCACGGAAAAGGACGAAACGGUGUGGAUUUCUACCAAGUAACGAGAGUGAAAAUAAAUGUCUAAUAAACA